CUGAUUCACUGGCUGCUCGAGGGAGGCGGGAAGGAAGGAGUUCUUCUCUGCACCUCAGUACGGAGGGAAGCCAUGGAUGAUCUGAACGGAGAGAAGAAGCGGCAGCCGGGACAUGGCGACGGUGACGAUGGCAGCACUUGUUUCACGAUCGACCACAAGGCCUACGCCCGGGUGGGCUUGCUGGGUAACCCGAGCGACGUCUACAACGGUCGAGCCAUUUCCUUCGCUCUCGGCAAUUUCUGUGCCACCGUCCGUCUCCGUCCCUCCGACAGCCUGAUCAUCCAGCCCCAUCCCUUCCACGACUUUGUCCAGUUCCCCUCCAUCGACUCCUUGUCUGAUCGAGUGCAAAAGGAAGGUUAUUAUGGUGGAGUUCGCUUGCUAAUGGCAAUCUGCAAAGUUUUCUACAAAUACUGCAAAGAAAAUAACAUUAACCUUAAAAGUGGAAACUUCACGUUGUCAUAUGAUACUAAUAUUCCUCGUCAGUAUUCGUUCAUGGAUUUGCUCGCUAUUAUGACUAUCCAGGCCGGGCUUUCAGGUUCUAGUGCAAUUGUAUGUGCAGCAUUGAAUUGCUUGCUUGAUUUUUACAUGGUCCGACAUUUGGUCAAAGUAGAAAUCAGGCCAAACCUAAUUCUCAGUGCGGAGAAUGAACUUGGCAUUGUUGCUGGCCUCCAGGAUCGUGUUGCCCAAGUGUAUGGUGGGCUUGUAUAUAUGGAUUUCAGCAAGCAAAACAUGGAUUCCCUAGGGCAUGGUCUCUAUACAUCCAUGGACACAAGUCUGCUUCCUCCCUUGCAUGUCAUUUAUGCUGAAAAUCCUAGUGAUUCUGGAAAGGUGCAUAGCUCUGUCCGAAAGAGAUGGCUUGAUGGUGAUGAGUUUAUCAUAUCCUCAAUGAAGCAAGUUGCUAACUUAGCAGCACAAGGGCAGGAGUCACUACUGGGGAAGGACUACACGAGACUGGCAGAACUCAUGAACCGCAAUUUUGACCUCCGGAGGUCCAUGUUCGGGGAUGAUGUACUCGGGUCAAUGAACAUAUCUAUGGUUGAAGUUGCUCGAAGUGUUGGUGCAGCAGCUAAAUUUACAGGCAGUGGAGGUGCAGUUGUCGCCUUCUGUCCAGACGGGCCUUCACAAAUAAAGCGUCUGGAAGAGGCUUGUCACAGAGCCAAUUUUGUCAUUCAGCCUGCAACAGUUGUUCCCUGUGUUCUUAAUGAUAAGGACUUGAAAAUGCUUUCUCACUAAGACUUAUCUCUUGUUUUCACUGUUCAACACUCUUUGUUUCUCACGCUUAACGUUUACUGAUUCUGCUGAUUUGCGGAGUCUUCAUUUAAAUUGAUUGAUUCAUAUUUGUUAACA